GAUACACAAUGCCUCCGCUCGCUGCCGCCUUCCUGCUCGCGCGCCUGUUACAGCCUGCGGCCGGGUGGCUCUACGCGGAAAGUGUCUCCGAUCCUGCCAACGCGCAGAACGUGACGUGCAGCCUGCACAACGAAUUCCUCUGCAGCGACUCUCCUUUCGCCGAGCGACCGUGCGAGCAGUUUGGAAGCACAAACUGGACCCUACCGAUCCUGCACAAGUACUUGGAGGCCGCGAUCGCGGUCGAGUUCUUCACGAUCCCCUUGUACCUAACGGCAGGGUACUCUCUGCACGAGUCGCAGCAGGUCAUGGUUGGCCAGCCAGGCUACGAUAGCAACUCUGUCGUGAAGGUUCAAGCCAAGGGUGCGUACCUUAACUCGACGACCAACACGCGUGUCAACAUCACCAACGCCUUCACGCCCUACGAACUCAUCCACGCCACUUUCAUCGACGAGAUGUACCACCUGAAUUGGAUCUUGAACGUGGCGAGCGCCGCCGGCCUUCCCAACGCGAGCUUCGAGAGCGCGCUCAAAGAGCCAGACUUCACCAACGGCGCAUACUUGGACACGCUGCCGGUCAAGCUGAGUAGCAAGGAGCUCGGCUACGAGGGCUCUGGCGCGCUCGACUCCGUCAUCGCUACGAUGCUCGCGAUUGAGACGCCCGACAAGGUGGACACGAACCCGGGCUUUGUGUAUGGAGUCCCGCCGUCGCCACCUGGGUCAGCUGCUGACUGCGGUCACUGCCCGAAGGUUGAGGUCUGCCCAAAGGACGCUGACUGUGAACUCAGGCUGAAGGCAGGGGCGUACGCCUCCAUCUCAGACUUCUACUAUGCGCUGUGGGAGGGCCUGAUCGCGCUCAAAUCGGAGAUUCAGUGGCCGAAGGAUGGGCACCGCCAGGCUCUCUUUGGGGACCACGCGGGGCAAAACCUUUUGGCUGUGACGGACCUGACCACCGCGCUGGGCAACAUUCUCGCAAUCGUGUACGAGGGCGAAGGCGCCGAUGCUCGCAUCAUGGGGAGCGCGCAUGUCAUGAUGACGAGGGGCGUGCUGCCGGAGGAGUACAUCGCUGACAAGAAGGACGUCGCUAGCAAUGUGAAUAAGGAAAAUGUUCACGCCUACACGCACUACGAUCGCUUCCUCGCCAUCAGCGAGGCCUCAAAGACAACCCUCAAGAAUGUGUCACGCCCUCUCAAUCAGUAUCCUUGCAACCUGGGGAAACACGGGUGCGGGCGUGAAACGAUUCUGGCGAACAAGAAGCAACAUGAGCAGUACCGCUUGCUGCUGAAGGACAUCGUGGACGCCUACACGAUCAAAAAGGAGAACGACCUGGCGCUACCUACCAAGUAUACUGGCGCUCUUUCCCAUCACAUGUUCAAAGUCGGGGACCUGACGCAGAAACUUGAGGCAGGGCCGAUGCCAAAGGGGUCGAAAACGUCGUGCCCUUACGCGAAUCCGUGGUGGUAAAAAACCAGUGAGCGGUCCCCUCCGGAGCAGCGCAGUGCGGUGUGGCUGUGACAUUGGCGAUUGGAGCCUCGUUGUUACCACGCGCUCUUGACGCACACCAUGCUAAAUGGCUGCCUGCUAUGUCUACUGCUGAAUUUCGUGUGUCGAGUCUCGUGCCGCUGGCCCGCUGCCGGUGUGUGUACUCACUAGUUUAGAGUAGUAGAAGCAACUUUAGCUCAACCUUAGCUCCAAGAUCGGGCCCCUGUCAAUGCCCGAAAA